UUUUUUUUUUGCAUAGAGAUUCACACGCGAUCGGAAGGCCACGGAGACAUAAAGGAACUCAGCAGUGCUUACCUGUUCUUAGGUGUGGGGGUGACUGGGCGCCCUUACUUCACUGUCACCUGGGGAUUUCUUUGGUAUCAGGGAUUUGGUUUGUUAGCUUUUGCUUUAUUUCUUUUUUUUUUAAUUGUACUUUGUAUUUGGAAUAAAAAUGACGGUUAAUCCUGAAUACCUGGUGCUGCUGUUCACCACGACGUCUGGCGCGAGCGGAGAGCUGUUAGGUUCAGACGAGAAGGAAAUCGUUCAGCUUGUGUGGCAGGUCAUGAAUUUAAGCACUAAAAAGACUGGUGCAGUGAAUGAAGUGCUGGUGAAGCCGGAGAGUGUGGAAGUGACGGACGAGUGCAGAGAAGUGAGCGGCCUCAGUGAGGAGGCCCUUUCAGCUGCAGCUCCUCUCGAACAAGCUCUCAAUCAGUUUAAUGAAAGGUUACACUCAGAAACCAGCACAAGUUCAGGGAAUUCCUUCUGCCUCUGCACCGAUGGUCAGCUUCAUCUGCGUCAGGUUCUGCAUCCAGAGGCUUCCAGCAAGAACAUCACACUACCUGACUGUUGUUAUUCAUUUUUUGACCUGCGGAAAGAGUUCAAGAAGCAUUUUCCAUCUGCGGCUGAUCUGAAGGACUUGGAUCUUAAGUUUAUGGCAGAUUACCUGAAUGUAAAGGUGGAUUCUGUCAAUAACUUUACUGCACUCAAGGUUGAACAGAUGUCCAGCAUUGCUCUAGCACUCAUCUCUGAGCCUGUCUGUGAAGCGUUCUCAUGCCCCGAGAAAGUGAAUGAGAAGUUUGAAACUGGUACCUGCAGUAAGCUGGAGCGGAUAGAUGACAAUACUGUGAUCAGGGCUCGAGGUCUUCCAUGGCAAUCCUCAGACCAAGAUGUUGCACGUUUCUUCAGGGGUCUCAACAUUGCCAAAGGGGGGGCUGCUCUGUGUCUGAAUGCUCAGGGCAGAAGGAAUGGUGAGGCACUUGUUCGGUUUGAGAGUGAAGAACACCGGGACCUGGCACUUCAGAGACAUAAACACCACAUGGGCUCAAGAUACAUUGAGGUUUAUAAAGCAACUGGGGAAGACUUCUUAAAGAUAGCAGGAGGCACUUCAAAUGAAGUUGCAAAGUUCCUGUCACGGGAGAACCAGGUGAUCGUGCGCAUGAGGGGGUUACCGUUUAUUGCCACAGCUGAGCAGGUCCUGCAGUUCUUCUCACCAUCAUGCCCAGUGACGGAUGGUACAGAGGGUAUACUAUUUGUACGCUUUCCUGAUGGCAGGCCCACUGGGGACGCCUUUGUCUUGUUCUCCUGUGAGGAGUACGCAGAGAACGCACUGAAAAAGCACAAGGAAAUCCUGGGCAAGAGGUACAUUGAGCUGUUCAAGAGCACGGCGGCAGAGGUGCAACAGGUUUUGAACAGAUAUUCUUCAGCUCCACUAAUUCCAGUGGCCCCCUCACCUAUCCUGCCCAUGGUGGCCCAGCCUGCAUUUGUACCAUCAGCAGUUGCUGCCAUACCUGGAAUGAGGGACUGUCUGAGACUCAGAGGUCUGCCAUAUGACGCUACUGUUCAAGACAUCCUGCUAUUCCUAGGCGAAUACACAGCUGAUAUUAAACCACAUGGAGUACACAUGGUUCUCAAUCAGCAGGGCCGUCCAUCAGGUGAUGCAUUCAUCCAAAUGCGGUCGACGGAAAGGGCACAUGCUGCAGCUCAGCGCUGCCACAAGCGCAGCAUGAAGGAACGCUAUGUGGAGGUAUUCGCCUGUUCAGCACAGGAGAUGAACGUGGUGCUGAUGGGUGGCUCGCUUUCACGGAGCGGCCUUUCGCCGCCACCAUGUAAGUUACGACGUCUGUCUCCUGCAUCUUACUCUUUUCCUCCUGCGGGUGCUGUACUUCCUGCUGGAGCAAUGCUUCCUGCAGGGCCAGUCCUUCCUGUGGAGGCUCUUUACCCUUCCCAGUUCCUGUUGAGUCCCCGCCCAAUACCCCCAACUACAUACUACCCAGCUAACAACCAGAUGUAUGUGAAUUAUACUGCCUACUAUCCAAGCCCCCCAGGCUCUCCACCCAGUAUGGGAUACUUCCCAGGAAGUACACACACACCUGGCUCUGUUCUCUCCAGCCACCAUGCAGCACUGAUCAGGAUGCAGGGCCACUCCUCCACUCAUACUUACACCACCGGAGUAAAGGAGAUCCUCAGCAUGGUGCAGGCUUAUCAGCCCAGCAACAGUGAAGCCUUGGUUACUCUUCCCCCUCUGCUCUCAGCCAAACAACCUAUUGCAGAUCAGAGUCUGGGAGGAGGAGCCUAUCUGGACCUGCAGCUGAUGUAGUCAGUGCCAGUCAUGAAGCCACCUCCCUUUAUUGGCAAUGUUUGGCCCUCAGCAACAUAGCAUGUUAUGUCAUUUUAGCUAUUUAUGUGAAUUUAAGAAAAAGAAAAAAAAAAAAGAUUAUAUUUGAAUUUUUGUAUAUAUUGCAUUAUUAUAUGAGUUCAGUACUAUUCUGCUCAUAGACAGUAGUACCUUUUCUAGUACCUGUGUUUUGAGUGUGUAUGUGUACGUGUGUACGUGUUAGAAAGAAUAAUCGCUCAGGAAAAAGCUUAACCGGAAUGAGCAUAUUUUUUACCGUUUGCAUUGAAUCAAACUUCUAAUCUUCUAUUAUUCAUUUCUACGCCAAAUUUUUAAGAAAAAAGUGCAUAUGUUUCUGUAGAGUUCGUUUGUGUGCGUGUUUGUGUGUGCGUGUUUGUGUGUGCGUGUUUGUGUGUGCGUGUUUGUGUGUGUGUGUGUGUGUGUGUGUGUGUGUGUGUGUGUGUGUGUGGGGCCCUAUUGCUACAGUCUACAUGCACGUUGAUGCAAAUGUUUGCCUACACGGAUGAGUGUUUGUGAUUUAUCCCAGUCGAUGUGACUACAAUUUGUAUGUGGCAAUGCAUAUAGAUGUCUUCAAGCUGGACUCUGCUUUUUUUUUCUUUCUUUUUUUUCUUUUCUUUUGUUUUUUUUUUUGAAGCUUCCACAAUGAAGUUCAAAGAGCUACAAAACAUAAAAUGUUUACAAGGUAUGUCACAUCCUUAUGUGUGGCAGCGUGCAGUAGGUUUGGAGCACAAGUGUCGCCGCUCACAGAAGUUUGCUUUAAUCAUUUCGCCAAAAAAACAUUCAGGGUCAAACCACAACAGGAACAACCAGUACUUACUGUACUCUGUGUGUGUGUGUGUGUGUGUGUGUGUGUGUGUGUGUGUGUGUGUGUGUGUGUGUGUGUGUGUGUAUAUUAGCUGUUGUGCUUCAUCAUUAAAAUACACAAGUGUCAUCCUCAACCAUUUGAUAGAGAAA